ACCUAUAGCUCAGCCCUUCAACAGCCACAGCCUCAGAGCACAGCAGCAGCCUUGAGCUCUGGACCAGAAACCCCAGGAGCAGUAGGUUGACAUCUAGUUGACAGGAAGCUCAGAAGCUUUGUAAGGUACAGAGAUGUCUCACGGGUUUACUAAGGAGCAGGUGGCUGAGUUCCACAAAGCUUUUGAUAGGUUUGAUGAGAAUAAGGAUGGCCAUAUCAACGUCCAGGAACUUGGAGCUAUAAUGAAGCAGCUGGGCAAGAAUCUCUCAGAGGAGGAACUGAAGAUGCUCAUCUCCAAAUUGGACAAAGAUGGUGAUGGUACCAUCAGCUUUGAAGAAUUCCUAACGGCCUUGGAGAAGUAUAAAAAAGGGAACAGGGCGGGGGAGCUGCGGGCUCUCUUCCAAGUCCUUGACCAGAAUGGUGAUGGGUACAUCACUGUGGAGGAGCUCAAGCAAAGCCUGUCCAAGAUGAGUGAGUCGCUUUCCCAGGAGGAGCUGGAGGACAUGAUCCGUGUGGCUGACGUGGACCAAGAUGGGAAGGUGAACUAUGAGGAGUUUGUGCGUGUCUAUACUGAGAAGUGAGGCUGCUGAGUGCAAGCUCCACCUCACCGUCUACCUCCCUGACUCGGACAGACACUUGAGCCUUCUUGUGGGGCUCUGCUUUUGUGAUGGGGUUAAAAAAAAGAGAGAAGCUGGUUCUCUUGGUGUAUGGGAAACUACCUCACGAGUGAGGAAGACUUUAUUGGAUCUGGAUGCUGUACCGCCUGGAGCUGGUCACUAGUCUCCUCUGUGCUUGCUGAGACUCUUGUCAGAGGAUGGUUUCCUUGGGUUGGUCUUUCUCCCUCUUGCUGUGGAAUGGGUGCUUCCUACCUCCCAGGGCUCUUAUAAUGGUUUAAAUAAAAAGAAUGAAAAUUC